AUGCCUGGCGUCGACAAGAAUCCCUUUGAGGACGACGAUGGAGGAGGCGCCAAUCCCUUUGCGUUCGGGGUGAGUGUCGCGCGCGCUCGAGCUUCGCUCGGGAUCUUUCGAGCUCUUCUUUUGCUUCUUAGCCUUCGCCGCCGCGAUCUUGCGGCCACUCCGGCGCUGCAUGUCACGGAUUUGACUGGCAUUGUGUUCUUUUUGCUGAAAUCCCUGUGUUUUUCGUUCCAGCAGGCUGGCCCCAGGCUGCCGACGCUCGCCGCGGAGAGAUUUACUUCUUCUCGUGACGCGACCGACGAAAUACCUCUUUCCGAUCGCCCGGAGUCGAUCCGGAAGAAAGAACGGGAGCUCAAAGAGAAGGAAGAACAGCUGACCAGGCGUGAGCAAGAGCUGCGAAAGCUGGAAGCACAAGCUGCGCGAGCUGGAAUCUUUCUAGAGGAGAAGAACUGGCCUCCCUUUUUCCCGAUCAUCCGCCAUGACAUUCGUCGCGACAUUCCAUUGCAUCUUCAACGCCUACAGUACAUGGCUUUCGCGAGCUGGCUCGGCUUCGUGUUGUGCCUCGCGUGGAAUUUCAUCGCUGUCUCGGGAGCUUGGGCUCACAAAACCGUCAGCUCCUCCUACGGUGUCCAAAUCUGGUUCCUCGCGAUCAUUUACAUGCUAGCUGGAAUUCCCGGAUCGUAUGGACUGUGGUAUCGACCUCUGUACAAUGCAAUGAGGAGCGACAGUGGCCUGCGGUUUGGAUGGUUCUUCCUCUGCUAUCUGGUCCACAUUUGCUUUUGCAUCGUCGCGUCAAUUGGACCCCCUAUCGUCUUCAAGGGGAAGUCCCUUGCGGGUAUCUUGCCAGCGCUGCAAGUGUUUAGCAACACGGUUGGAGUCGGGAUCCUCUAUCUCGUCGGCUUUGCUCUCUUCUGCGUGGAAACGUUGCUGUGCAUCUGGGUACUCCAGCAAGUGUACCGCUACUUCCGAAACAGCGGAGCGGCGGCGGAGUCCAAGAGGCAAUCCGGCGGAGCUUAAAAACUGUUCGUCCAAGGAUCUUCUUUGUCAAUUUUGCAGAAUGUGAAG